AUGACGGGUGUCGUAACUGGAGGAGGCGCAAGAAAGAAAAGUGGCAGUUCAUGCCCUUUUGGUGAAGGCUUUUACAGUAAAAUCACGAAAUUGAUGCUAUCGAAAGAAAGUAGCGCUAUCAAGGAACUUCGAGAGUGCGUCAAGAUGGUAAGCGCAGCGAAAUUGACGCCAAACGAUGAAUUUUGGGACAGUGGAGAUGAGAUAGCGCCAGUAGAUGCACAGGCGCCUUCACCGGCAGGCCCUUCGUCUACUUCUUCGGAAGCGCGGCCAGUAGGCCCCAAGAAAUCUGGAACUGAUAGACCACGUAUUAUACACUUGGAUGCGUUGCCGACUGCGGAAAAACGAGCUGCUGCGAAAGCAAAAGUGUGUUUUUAG